UGACACAGAUUAUACAUUAACACGUGCGCAGCACGAAUCGUUCUUUUCAGAAUUCAACAUGGCUCCCAAGAAGAAGGGAUCAGAGAAAGCCCCAGGAAAGUCAGAGGCCAAGAAGGAGGGUGGAGCCAAGAAAGACUCCAAGGCGAAGCCUCCAAAGGCAGCAGAGAAAGCAGUGAAGGCUAAGAAGGCGGUCUUACGUGGAGUCCACACCAAGAGAAACAAGAAGUUCAGACCCACCGUCCACUUCAGGAGACCCAAGACGCUGUCCCUUCCCAGGGCCCCCAAAUACCCAAGAAAGAGUGUCUCCAGAGUGUGCAAGUUGGACAAAUACAGCAUUGUGAAGUUUCCCCUAACCACUGAAUCUGCCAUGAAGAAGAUUGAAGACAACAACACAUUGGUCUUCAUUGUAGACAAAAGGGCAAAUAAACCCCUUGUCAAACAGGCUGUUAAAAAGUUGUACGACAUUGAUGUGGCUAAAGUCAAUACUCUGGUCAGACCUGAUGGGGAGAAAAAGGCCUAUGUCAGACUGGCUCCAGAUUACGAUGCUUUAGAUGUGGCCAAUAAGAUUGGAAUCAUCUAAACAGAAGACUUUAUAUGUAUAUAUGGGGAAAUAAAAAAAAAAGCUUAA